AGAAGAAGAAGUGGCAUCUUGUAGGACAAUUUUCUACUUCCGUGUGGGAUCACGGAGACCCGGGCUGAGGGGCCUGCUAUCGGACGCGUUAGGGAAAUAAAGAGAGGCUCGUCGGUUUAGACCAUGCGGGCAACUUUAAUCUGGAGGCUGGUGAAGUUACUCAGCGCUGCCGCUGUGCUGGCCCUGACUGCGCAUAUCGUAGCGAGCUCACUGAGUAAACAGACGCCAGAGCCCAGCCCGCUUCCCCCGGAGGAGUACCGUCUCGUAGACCCUCAGACAUACCGCUACCUCCUCAAUCAACCCAGUGUUUGCAGGCACAGGAGCCCCUUCCUAUUGUUCAUUGUGCCCGUGGGGGCUGAAGACGCUGCGGCACGGGAGGCCAUCAGGAAAACGUGGAGCGCCUCUGGCCGGGACACCCUGACUCUUUUCUUUGUGGGGAUCCCACAGAGGCCACAGAUGUCGGCCCUCCAGCAGAAACUGGAGGAGGAGAGCAGGCAGCAUGCAGACAUCGUCCAGAUGAACUUUGUGGAUAAUUACCACAAUCUGACAAUCAAAACCAUGAUGAUGAUGAGGUGGCUGUCUACUUACUGCCCCGGUGCGUCCUACGCCAUGAAGGUGGAUGCAGACAUCUUCGUUAAUGUCUUUUAUCUGAUCCAGUGGCUGAGGAACUCCCCCAAGGAGAACUUCAUCACAGGGUCGGUGAUCCAGGAUGGCAGGCCACGGCGGGAGCCCAACAGCAAGUGGUACGUGUCAGAUGAGCUAUAUCCAGAGGAGAGCUUCCCCUCCUACGUGUCUGGAGCCGGUUACGUGUUCUCCGCUGACCUGGCAGCCAGGAUCUCCUGGGCCUCCAGAUUUGUGCGGGUCAUCCCUUUGGAGGAUGUCUAUGUGGGCUUGUGCUUGCGGAUGCUGGGUGUCAGGCCUGUGUACGCCUACAGCCUGCCAUUCUUCAGAAGCCUGUUCGAAAUCAAAAACCUGAAGUACGACAGGUGCACCUUCGCCAAGUUGAUCAUUGUUAAUGGCUUUAAGGCACCAAAGCUGCUGAGGGUUUGGCAGGACUUUACCAAAGGCCACGAAAGAUGCUGAUCACAUUUACCUGGUGCCUUGCAGGCAAUUCUAAGGGAGUAAGCCUGCUGUGAAGGAAAGAAGGCCAGCUGACACACAGAGAUUUAGAUUAAGAUCAAAUCCCGGUCCUCAGACCUGCACCGUGACAUUUCUUUAUACUGCAGAGAAAAAUACCAAAGAUGCCUCACCAGUAGCUCGUGCACUGCACUUUAAUACAGGUUUGUUGGAAUGAACGGUUUUUGCAUGAUUCUCGAUGUGUUAAACAAAAAUGUCUAAAUUGCACUGAUUACUUUAUACUGCAACCAAGCUAUGUGUAUCCUGCAGCUUUUUUUGUCAGGGUCCCGUUUACUCAUGCAUACUAGUCAUACACGACAAACCAGCAGGUGGCAGUAGUGACUUGAAGAUGAGAAAUCAGGUUUACUGCUGGUGAUUUAUUGUGAUAACUGUAGGGUGUUGCAGAAUGUUACCUGUGAGUUGGUUCAAUAUAAUUUUUGCCUGUCAAACAGGAAGCCUGAUCAUCCCUGUUUAAUAUUACUGCUGCUGCUCCUUUGGAGGCUCCUUUGCCAACCUUGACAAAUGCUGUUUCUAUUUAACGUGUAUAAUUUUUAUAUAAAUAAAAGUUUUGGAAAA